UUACUAACAAUAUAAUAGAAGAAGCGACGUAUUCAGGGAUAAUCGAUCCUAGCGCUGAAUGGCACACCUUAAACCAUAGAGGGCCCCGGGCACGCUUGACUUACAGGGUGCGCGUCAAAUGUGAUACUCAUUACUACAAUUCCACGUGUACAAAAUUCUGUCGACCAAGGAACGAUAAAUUUGGUCAUUUCAUCUGUGAUGUAAACGGAGACAAAGAGUGUAUAGAAGGCUGGAAAGGUUCUACUUGUGAUGUUGCUGCCUGUAAACCGGGAUGCCAUCCUGUCCAUGGCAAAUGUGACAGUCCUGAAGAAUGCAUAAUUACAGCAGAUACCCAAGUAGAUUUUACUAACAAUAUAAUAGAAGAAGCGACGUAUUCAGGGAUAAUCGAUCCUAGCGCUGAAUGGCACACCUUAAACCAUAGAGGGCCCCGGGCACGCUUGACUUACAGGGUGCGCGUCAAAUGUGAUACUCAUUACUACAAUUCCACGUGUACAAAAUUCUGUCGACCAAGGAACGAUAAAUUUGGUCAUUUCAUCUGUGAUGUAAACGGAGACAAAGAGUGUAUAGAAGGCUGGAAAGGUUCUACUUGUGAUGUUG